AUGAAGACGCGACGACUGUGUGCAUUGAAUCAAUUACAUUCUCCAAAAAAUUCCACAACAUCCGUUCUCAUUCACGGAUCUGAUACUUUUUCUGGAAAAAGUAAUAAAAAAUUGUUUGAUAUCAAACGCCGACGUUUACAACGUGGAAAACUUCAAAAGAGUAAUGGGGAACAUGGAGACAUUCCAUCCUUAAAAAGAGAUACAUUUGCAUCUUUAGAAUCUUUAUUUGAUAUAAAGAAACCUUUAUAUCUAUCGAAAUUAAAUUUUGUUCAGAUUCAACAUUAUAAAGAACAUCUCAUCUUUGAAACUCACAAGGUCGAAAAACAUUUCACCGGAGAUUCGAUAUUAAAAACUACUGAAUUAUAUCCGAAAGUAUUUCUCGAUAUUUCAAAGCAGAAAAUCAACGAAGAAAAUUCUUUUCCGAAUAAUACAUCAGAAGAAAGUGGGGAACCAAACGUAAAUUCAAUAACAGUAAUAAGUCAUUUAAUUGAAAAGGAUUUGUUGAAUAACAUUGUCGCGCAGGAAAAUCAGACAAACACAAAAAUGGCGGACGAAGUAUUGCAAGAAGAAGAGGAGAAUAUUAAAGAAACGGAAGUUGAAGACACGGAGCAAGAAGCAUUGAAAGAGGAGGACGAUGAAUUUUUUCCACCUUCUUAUCCGAUACCAUCUGGUGCUGGCGAGGGUGUACCCGUCGAAGUUGGUAGACGUCGAGAAUCCAUGUUAAGUUCUUCACCUUUAACAGAAGAAUCUGUGAUGGACGAAUUAAAAACAGCAGAUGAAAGAUGUAAUAUAGUUGCAGGCGAGAUAAAAAAAUUAAAAGAAGAAAUGGUUGAGCUUACCAAUAAAAAAGAAUUGACAGAUGAUGAUACAAUACUGAUUCAAAAGAAGCAAGAGGAUUUAAUGUUAAAAUUAGCUGAGUUUGAGCAAAUGACACGGAAAUUACAGAGACUAUUAGGAUUAACUGAUCCUACUAGCGAAACAUUUUCAAGAAUGUUCGGUUUGUUACCGUAUCCUCAUACAAAAUCAAUCGAGGGUGCUGGCGAAGAGAUAGAAAUUCCAGUGGCUGAAAAAGUCGAAGAUGUUAAAGAGAAACUUGAGCCGACUAUAUCGCCGGUAAUAGAAGAUCAUUUUGAUUUACCUCAACCAGAAUAUGAAGAAGAUAAACUUCCAAGAGUAAUCGUCUGUGGUUACACAGAAGACGAAAUGCCAAAAAUCGUGAUAGCGGAUGGUGAUCGAGGAGGAAAGAAAGAAUGUUUGCAAAAUUUAACAGGAAAAUUGACCGAGUCAUUGACAAUGCAAGAGAAAUUAGUUAAAGAGAAUGCACAACUCGAGGGUGGAAAAUACAAAUUGGAGGAAGCACUAUUGGAAAAAGAUACAGCUGUGGAGUGUCUUCAACGGAAGGUAUGCGGCUUGCAAGCUGAAAUACGUUUAAUAAUGAAGGAGAAUACGGAUUUAAAUCGUCGAUUGGCUUGUUUAAAUCAACGUGUCACUACUUCUACUUGCUGUUACACAUGUCCAGAACGUAGAUCAUCUUGUUCACCGCCAGUGGUCUCACCUUUGCCAGCGUAUUCGCAAGUAACUUCCUCCGUUCAAGAUCACGGUUGUUGCCAGUGCAAAUAUUGCGUCACAUAUGACAGUCCCGUUCAGUCACCAACCUCUGUAUGCGUAAACCCAUACAGCAAUAAAACGUCGAACGAUUGUGGCUCAUCGAGAUUAGCAGGUGGUGCAUCGAGAACAGGCAAUUGUAUAUUGAGUACAAGUUCAUCUCAAAUCGAAGAGAUGUGUUUCCGUAGUCCAACAGUUUGUACAAAACCUGAGCCAACACCCAGAGGUGUUUGCCCGGCUGAAUUGGAAAAUAAGUUCGCUGUUUAUGGGAACAAUACCAAACAAUUGGCACAACAAUUAGGUAGUAUGGAAUGUGAAGUACGAAAUAUGCAGAUAGAACUAGCAAAUGUUCAACGAGAACGUCAACAACUCGAGCAACAACGCAAAUUGCUUAAAUGUUCCGGACCCUGUGCACCAUGUGCUUGUUGCCCUGCUCCACCACCUUGUCCGGGUCUUUCACAAGGUCUCCCACCUUCGAUGAUUUCAAAUUAUGUUCCAAAUGUUUCAUUACCUUCCACGAUGUCACCAUCUGGAAAUGGAACCAUUUCACCUAUGCCUAUUUCAAAGGCGCAGAUCAGUCAACAAUCCACGUCUGCUAUGUGUACUGGGACCUGUAUAACAGCACCUAUGGGUGCAAGCACUUGUCCUCAACAACAACUACGUGAUUUGCGAGAACAAUACGCACGUCUUCAAGAUGACUACAAGAAUAAAUUAUGCGAGGUAUCUUGUUUACGAACUGAUACGGAAAAAUUAAAACAAGAAGUUCGAGAUUCAAACGAGGAAAAGGAGAGGACGGAAAUAAAAUUGAUAGAUGCACAGGAACGUUUGAAAUCUUUAGAAGCCGAAAGAGAGAAAUUCGAAGGACAAAAAGAGUUGAUGGUAGAGCAAGAGCAAGCCUUGUUAAUGGCCAAGCAACGUUUCAGAAAAGCGCAAGACGAAUUAGAAGAACUUCGAUCAUUAAUUCAAGAUCAAGCUGCUCAACUGGAGGAUUAUCGCAAUAAAUAUUUACAAGCUCAGCAACAGGUGGAAGAACAACGUCGGCAACUCGAUCUCAUGGAAAUGGAUAAUGCUCGAAUGAAUGAAAAUGUAACGUUAGAAAUUGGAAGAGUUAAAAAUCAAUUCCAAGAAAAACUCGCUGAACUCGCUCCAUUGCCGGAUAUCUUGAAACAAACUCAGAUGAAGCUUCAAGAAGCUCAACAAAUGAGAUUAGUAGCCGAACGUAAUUGCGAAGAUCUUUCACGAGAACUUUUAGGAUGUAAAGAUAAGAUUCAAACGUUGCAAAGUCAAUUGGAUGUAUUGCGUAACGAGCAUCAAGCGUUACAAGAGGAAAGAGGACAUGGAACAGGACGAUUCGAUGAGUUAGAAAAGAAAAAUGCUGAAUUAAGACACGAUAAUGAACGUAUGAGAAAUACACUUGCUCGAUUCGAAGAACACGAGGCACAAUUGCAGAAACGCAUAGAUGAGAAAAUGCAUGAAAUUACUCAAUUAACUGCGAUGCUCGAACAAGUGAGAGAAGAUAGUGCAAGACAGGUAGCACGUACUAAAGAAAGAUGCGAUACAAUUAGGCGGACAAUGCAAGGUCAAAUAGCUGAAAUGGAACGACAACUGGCUCAGUGUAGAGCAACAGCUAGAGCGGCACAGAAGGAUAGAGACGAGAUUAGGCAAAAGAUGCAGAGUCAGAUAAAUAAUCUAAACGAGGCCUUCGAACAAGCUCAAGGCCGUAUCAGAUCGUUACAAGGACAUGUGAAUUAUCUAAAGACUUCGUACAGUAACAUUUUUAAAGGACAAGGAGAAAGUCCGGUCGGUUUACCAGGGGAUGGUGCACUUGGUACUGGAUACGACUCUUGCGACUGCAAUUAUUAAUCGACUUAUAUAUUUUUAGUAUUUUUACAUGCUCUUUAAUACUCUUAACAGUAUUUAUUAACAGAGCUUAAAUUUUACUCGUUUAUUAUGAGAUUUAAAUUACUUUUAAAUUAUCGUGACUCAUUCGUAUUCGAAAGAUCAGACAAUUUUGAAGAAAUUCAAGGAAACAUCAACUAACGUUUAUCACUGAAGGCGUAAUGGAUUUAUGGAAAAGGAAAUAUUUUAUAAGUCGGUUUUUGAACCAUGUAUAUUUAUUCAAUAAAUCGACAAUGUAUUUUC